AUGUUUUCAACAGUUCACUCAAAAUAAAUAAUAAAAAAGUAUAUUUACAUCUUGGAACGGACAGUAGAUUUCAGUGAAGAGAAAAAAAAAAUAAUCCUGACUAAACACAACACUCUGUUCAAUUUGCUCGACAAUGGCGUUCGAGCUCCCAAGUGAUCUGAUCCAACAAGCCAAGAUCUUGACCCGAACCGAAGCGGGUCUACCCGACUACCUCCCUGAUGACUCAUCACUUCCGGCCAUGCCUUCUCUUUCCGCCACCGUCGCCGCCUUCGAUCCUUCUCCACCCUAUCUCCGCUGUAAGCACUGCCAAGGUAGGCUUCUCAGAGGGCUCCAGUCCUUGAUUUGCAUAUAUUGUGGCCACAAAUUGCACCAAAACCCUGACGUUGCUCCUGAACCCAUUUCAUUUAAGUCCACUGUGGGCUAUCAAUGGUUUCUCCAAGCUCUUCGCCUUGAUGGAUCGGAGAAGGUUGGAGCAGCUACUGAAAAGAAUCAGGUGAACAAGGGGCCGAGUUCACCUCAUGAUGAAGUUCUUUUAUCUGAUUUCCUUGAUCUGAAAAUAAGAUGGCCAACUGAGCUGGAGACAGACAACACUAUCAUGACCAAGAAGCUAGAGCUAAGCAAAAGCUCUUACGAUCCGACUGGAUUUGACUUGGAUAACUUUCUUUCUUUUCCAAAGAGGGAGAACAUAUCCAGUGCGCACAAAGAACAGACCGUCACAAGCGAUAAUAUUGGGUCUGCAGCAAAUAAAACAGUUGGAAGCCACGAGGAUCUUAGUUUGUUUGAGAAUCUCAGAUCUGCUGAACCAGCUGUGACCUCGUCUAAUAUACAAACAAGUGAUGACUUUUCUGGAUGGCAAGCAGAUUUUCAAGCUGCUGGUUCAGGAGAGCAGAAUGUGUCCAACGAAUCUAGCUCUCCUCUAAGUUCUGCAGUUGGUUCUGGGGGUCAGCAUUCCUUUGCAGCGUUUGACACUUAUACGAGUUCCACAGUUAGUUCUGGAAACCAUGAGGGUUCCAAAUCAACUGAUGCUUUGGUUGGCUCAGAUAUUGAUCUUUCUGCUCAGUUAGACACAGUUUUUGGAACCACAGGAGGCCCAACAGAUGGGAAACUGAAGGACGUUGUAGAAGUCCCUCCUGCAGCGAAUGACUGGCCAGCAGUUGACCUGUGGGAUAGUGCAAAUCUGGAAGCAUCACAGAAAGCUGGGGAAAUUCUUCCAAUUUCCAGACCCAAGAAUGCUGAAUUACAAAAUAGUUCAGACGACCCCUCAACUAGCAUUGAUUGGUUUCAAGAUGACACAUGGCAGACUCAUAAUGCACCUGCACCUAAACACGAUACAACAAAUGGAGAUCUUGAUUCGUUUGAUGAGUGGAAUACUCUUACCUCCUCCGCACCCACCAAAGAUCCAUUUGAGAAUGUACCUGUACCUGAACUUGAUACAACAAAUGGAGAUCAUGAUUCUUUUGAUGAGUGGAAUACUUUUGCCACCUCUACACCCAGCAAAGAUCCAUUUGAGAAUAUGCUGGCGCAAAGCAACAGUGACAAUAACAAUGAUGCAGAACUAACAAAUUUUAGUUCAAAUCUUGAAGAUAUGGAUUUUGGCAGUUUUUCGCAGUCAGAUCCUUUUUCAGGUGCACCUGGCAAAGAAGGUGUUUCUGCGGAAGGGAAUGGAGAUAUUUUGGAAGCUCCUACCAUAUUCAGUACCGUUGAUACCCCAAGCAAGGUUGGUGACGAUGCUGGACAUGCUUCAGAGAAUGCAGCCAUUCAUGCUGAAUCAAAUCCAUCGAAGAAUGAUAUGAAUAUAGAAAGUAUAAUGUCACAGAUGCAUGAUCUUUCUUUUAUGCUCGAGACCAAUCUAUCCAUUCCCUCAAAAUCCAACAUUUCUUCUCCCAAGGAUUGAUACAUCACUUUGCUCGUGUGGUUUGACUUCAAUAUUCAUGUAAUCAAGCUGUACCUGUUCAUGUAUUUUAUAAUAAGAGAAUAUGCUUGUUUUUGUAGCUUAUUAUCUUAAAUUUCUUGAAUGGGUGCAAAGAAGUGACACGUUUAUCUCCGGAUAUUUUGUUGUAACUGAAGAAGUAGAAGAGCUUGUUUUCUUCUUUUUU